AGACGUCGCUAUGGUAACGGAUUCAACCUCCGCUAAGUGUAGCUUGUUAGCAACCGUCAGUCUCUUUUAUUUGCUCUUUGUUGGAGUUAGUUUACACACAAGCCAUGGAGAGCUCAAAUACAUACCUCAUACGACCUAAUCAUCAGCACAAGUUUAAGCCGGCAAUUGUGAAGGAGUGUGUUCGUGAAAUUGUGAGGGAGCGACUGUCUGGGUUGCGGUACGACCCGGAGGAAGUCCCAGAGCUCUCCCGUUCGCUGGCAGACUGCAUUAAAGACAAAGUAAAGAAUGCUGGAUUUGAUAGAUAUAAGCUUGUCGUGCAGGUGGUCAUUGGAGAACAGCGGGGACAGGGAGUCAAGAUGUCUUGCAGGUGUUUGUGGGAUGCUGACACAGACAGCUGUGCAGAAGAUGUUUUCAUUAAUGACAGCUUGUUCUGUGUGGUAGCAGUUUUUGGAAUCUACUACUACUGAGGAAACAGAUGACAGGAAGUUCUUCCAGAUGAAGACCCGGCUCACGGUCAGCAAUUCAGCUCCAAGGUUUUCUGAACUAAUAUUGUAUGUAAUUACUGCAUCUUGAGGUCACCACACAUACCACCAGUAGAGAAGUGAUGGAUUCCACUGCUGAUGUAAUGAGGGACCUACCUGGGAUUUUCUGGCAAGAGGAUUUCUAAAGACUGACGCUGCUUUUGUAGCAAAUUUUGACAGUUUCAAGUCAUGAAAUGUCACUGAAUCAGUCCUCAGGGAUGGAAGUAAGGAGUUACAAUUACUCUGGCUGUUGUAUUGAAGUGAAUAUUUUUGUAUUCCUAGUUUUUGAGUAUUUUUUAAAACCGGUAAUUCUAUUUCAGCUUAACUGUGCUUAUUUUGAGGGUGAUUUAUCCCACUACAAUGUAGGGCACCUUAGUUACAGAGUAAAAAACAAAUAAAGAAAAAGAAAGGAACUAUGUGUUGGGAAAGGACAUUACAGAGAAACACUAUGAUUCUACUUCAUUGAAUGCUAUGUUUGAUCUCAGAUCUGAUAGAGAUUGUGCUGUGUAGGAAUAUAAAUGGAAAAUAAGUUUAAUAUAACUUUUUGCUUUGUAAGUGGUUAAGUCCACCUAAAGGAGCUAAAGUAAUUAAUUUUUUACUGUUACCAUUUCUAUUCUGAAUUUAACAUGAUACAGCGACCCACUAGCCUGGCAGUCAGUUGAAAUUCUAUUAUAAUGAUGCUUUUAUUGGAUAACAUAUCUGCCACAGAAUAAAAAAGGAAAUAGGUCACUUUUACACACAAAAAAAAAUCACUUUAUUUUAUAUAAUUUGUUUUCUAUUUGUCUUUUUACACAAAUAAUAUUACUUUUCUGUAGUACAAUUUUACCAUUGUAAUUACUUUUACUUGAGUAAAACAAUUUAGCACUUUCUUCACCUCAGCCUCAAAGUUGUUGAAAAGCCUUUUGUAUGUGUGAUAGUCUAAAUAUUUGUGAGAUGACGGCAGCUGACUUUCAUCUGUGGAAAUGUCAACUUUCUCUCUUUUUCUUAGGUUGUACAAGAUAAAAUAAAUCGCACAAAGUCACAACUUUGAACAGGCAGCAGAAUAAAAAUAUCCCUGCAGAUA